AUGAAAAUUGGACCUUAUCACGUAGAUGGAUAUGAUGCUUCUACCAAAACCUUGUAUGAGUACUAUGAUUGUUACUUCCAUGGUUGCCCAAAGUGUUUUCCCAGAAGGAAUGAAACGAAUCGCAAGAAUGAACUCAGUAUGACAUCCCUCUAUGAAAGGCUACUGGCGAGGGAAGAGUGGUUGAAAUGGAAAGGAUGCUCGCUAGUCACCGUGUGGGAAUGCAAUUUCAGAAACCUGAUGAAGAACAAUCACAAAGUCGAGAGGUUUGUCGGAAACUUAGAUAUCUCAAAUCCUAUCAGAGGCAGGGAGGCUUUUCUGGGCGGUCAUACUAAUGCCCUGCAUCUGUAUUACGAGAUCAAGGAAGGCGAAAAGAUAGAAUAUGUUGACUUUUGCAGCCUCUACCCGUACAUCAAUAAGACCUCGCAAUAUCCAGUUGGCCACCUGACAGUCAUAACUAAAGACUUUAUCGUCAAACCCACGGACUAUUUCGGUAUUAUCAAGUGUGAUGUUUUACCUCCGAGGAGAUUGUAUAUAUCAGUUCUACCUUUCAGGGUGAACAACAAACUGAUGUUCCCACUCUGUUCCAAAUGCGCGGAAACCAUGAAUCAAGACAAAUGUCACCACAGUGUCAAUGAACGUCAACUGACGGGUGUUUGGUGCACUCCGGAAUUGGAAAAGCCUGAAGAAGUAGGGUAUCGUAUCACCAAGGUAUACAAAGUUUGGCAUUAUGAUGAGUCGGCAACCUACAACCCCGAGACUGGAGAAGGAGCGUUGUUUACAGAGUACAUCAACAUGUUUCUGAAAAUUAAACAAGAGUCUUCUGGUUAUCCCGAGUGGUGUCGCGCCGAGGAAGACCGAACCAUGUACAUCCAAAGACACCGCGAUAGAAGCAAGAUAACCCCAAAUCCAGGCCUCAGAGCUAAACCUCAACUCAUUCUGGGGAAAGCUGGGACAGAGAUCAAACUUUGGACAGAGCACAUAUGUAGAAACGUACGCCAAACUGUUGGAAAUGUUGAUGGAUAG